AUGGAAAACGAGGAAAAUUUGGCGUCUGGUGUUUGGAAAAUAGCAAAAGCCUUUUGUAUUUAAUUACUUAUAUAGACAUAGUUACAAAAAAUUAAAAUUAUGGUGAAGAAUUUUAAAAAAAUAUAUAAUCUAAAAAAGUAAAGAUUUAGAUAAAGUUUGAAAUGGGUUCAUUUUAAGAUAAUCUAAAAAAAGCUUAAGAUAUAAAUUUUCCACUUUUUGUAUAUGUACAUGAUGUUUCAAGUUUAAAAAUUUUACAAACAAUGUUUUAAUGCAAAACUUUAGUAAAUUUAGUAAAUAAAUCAUUUAUUUGUUAUGCAUUUAUAGGUAAUUAAGAAACCUUAACUUAAUUACCUACUUAAAAUAUUGAACUUCCCUCUAUUUUAAUAUAUAGAAAAAAUUUUAUUGAAGAAAUUGAUUUAAUAAAAUAAAUUAAAUUAUUUCCUUCAACAAAAUUUGAAGAAUUGGCUUAGGAAAUAAAAUAAAUAAGAUGUUCUAUUUAAGAGAUUAUUACUUUAGAGAAAAAAGCAAAAAGACUUGUUGAUAAUCCUGAAGAGAUUAAUUAAAGCUAAUAGGAAAGAUUUAUAUAAAAACAAAGGGAAAUGGAAGCAAAAAAGUAAUAGGAAAUACAAUAAAGAUAGAGGGAAGAAUUAUUAGAAAAAUAAGAAAUAGAAUAUAUGAUGGCUGUUUAAAAAGCAGAUAAUUAAAAAAAGAGAAUAUAGGAGGAAAAGUAAUAAUAAGAAUAGUUAAUUUAAUAAUAAUAAGAAGAAGAAGUAUGUAAAAAAUAAUAUUAGAGGAAUAAAGAUAAUUUAUAAAAGCUACAUUGUUAUCAAAUUUACCUUAAGAACCAGAAGAAAAUGGAAUAAGUAUUUAAUUUAGAUUUUUUGAUAAAGUAGUUACAAGAAAAUUUAAUUUAACUGAUAAAAUAGAAGUAAUAAUAUGUAAUUUAGAAAUUCUUAGAGCAUAUUUAAUUUUGUAAUUUGUCAAGAUGAUUCGUUAUUUUUAAAUCCAGGAGCUGAAAUUGAUUUAAUUUAAAAUUUUCCUAGACUUUCUUUAUUUGAUAAAAAAGAAAUGUAAAUUUAAGAGAUUUUUAAUGAUUCAACAGGAGAGUAAUUAAUAAUUUUAGAAAAGGAGUGA